GUUUCUAUUUCCCGACGUAAAACAAUCAGCGACCAAACAAAUAGCUGAGCAGAGAGAUGGCUGCUCCGGCUGCCGAGGGUCUGGCUGUGACGGCGCUGCGGUCAGUGAUCCACCGUGUCCGGCAGGUUGCUGAAAGGUCCGGCCGCCGUGCUGAUGACGUGAGAGUGGUGGCCGUUAGCAAGACGAAGCCUAUUUCUCUUAUAACCCAAGUGUAUGAAGCCGGUCACCGUUGUUUUGGUGAAAAUUAUGUACAAGAGAUUAUCCAGAAGGCUCCUGAGCUUCCUGAGGACAUAGAAUGGCAUUAUAUCGGGCAUCUGCAGAGCAAUAAAGCGAAGCAACUCCUGACUGCUGUUCCCAAUCUAGCCAUGGUUCACGGUGUUGAUAACCAGAAGCUUGCAAACUAUCUUGAUCGUGCGGUUUCAAGCAUUGGCAGGCAGCCAUUGAAGGUUUUGGUUCAAGUUAAUACCAGCGGAGAAGAGUCAAAAUCUGGUGUUGAUCCAUCUAAUUGCAUAGAGCUUGCCAAACAUGUCAAGCUGGAUUGCCCAAACCUUGAGUUCUCUGGCCUAAUGACAAUUGGACAGCCUGACUACACUUCAACCCCAGAGAACUUCAAGACGCUACUGAAUUGUAGAACUGAAGUUUGCAAGGUGCUUGGUAUGGCGGAGUCUCGAUGUGAGUUGUCAAUGGGCAUGUCUAGUGACUUCGAGCUAGCGAUAGAAAUGGGAAGCACCAAUGUGAGAAUUGGAUCCACCAUAUUUGGACCUAGGGAGUAUCCAAAGAGACAAUGAAAUCAGUAUGAACUUCAUCUCAUAGAACCAUUCACGAAAGCAAUAGGGACUGCGUGAGGCCUUUCUGAAUUUACGCACAAUCAGGGAGAAAAAUGAAGCAGCGAUGACAAGAGAAAGAUGCUAUUGCUUCAAAUCUGAAGCCCCAUCAUACUAGAAAGUUAUGUCAAAAUUGUUUUACUGUUGAAUUGUUUUUAUAUUUUUAGAACAGGACUAAGUGUCCCUUUACUCUUGACUUGCCUUGAUUCACUUGGUCUUUUCUUUUCCGAAGCUUUGGUUCUGUUACAUAAUACAUAAAUUACCACCCUUGAUAAAGAGAAUUAAGAUGGAAAAAAAUCAGAUGUCACUGUAGUUACUUCAUUCUUUGUCCUUUUAUUUGUACUUCAGUUGCCACACACACAUGCAUAAUCGCAUUAUUAGAAUUUUUACAUGAUUUGUAAUAUCCAGUAACUUAUUGCCUUA